UUCAACGAGAAAUCCAAGUUUUACAAGGGGAGAUAACCACCAUGAAGAACCAGGCACAGAAUCUUUUGUCCACAACCAGUGGAGAGAGUGGUCAGCUGAUUCAGCAGUCUCUCACCAACCUCAAUGACAGAGUCUCCAUGUUGGAGAGCCAGGCCCAGCAUCGUGGCCAGGAGCUCCAGGUGGUGGACUCUCACUGGCAACAAUAUCAGGAUGAAGUGGACUGUCUACAGAAACAAUUGCAGGACACCCAACGUUUGAUCCACUCCAGACCCCCGUCCUCCGCCACCAGUGAUGACCUAGUGGACACUGUCCAGGCUACUGACCGAUGGGAGACCAAAGAGGAGAUGGAGACCCACCUCCACCAAUGUGAAGGCAAGCUUGACAGCCUCAAGAAGAAGGAGACAGAGUUGUCUGCCCUUUAUCCACAAGGUGUGUUUCCCUCCGAGCUGCGGACUCUACAGACCAGCUACAUGGAUCUACAGCGCAGGGUGUCUGAACGGAGAGCCAGUGUGCUGCAGCUGACAUCUGGUCAGGAGCAGUACGAGAAGCUCCUCAAGGACUAUGCUCAGUUCAUCGAGACCGCGGAAGGCAAACUGAGGUCAGAGGAGGUCGCAUCCAGUGACCUGAUCCACUUACGGCAUCAACUCACAGCACAUAAGGAUUUCUUCAGUGACCUUGAGGUUCACAAGGCGAUGCUGGACUCACUGGCCUCCCAGUGUCAGGUAUCCAUGCGAGCACAGCAUCAGGCUCAGCACAAUCACCUCAGCAGCCAGACCCAUGUCAUGGUGGACAAGGCGAGCCUGCAUGGUCAGCGGCUCGAGAGACUGGUGCGGCAGUGGGAGGACCUGGACGUCAAGUUGACCAGGCUCCAGGCCUCUCUGGCCAACAUCGAGCAGCGGAUCCCUGGAGCAAUCGCUAGCGGAGACUCCAUGGCAACUAUCCAGGCCAAGCUGGAAAAAUAUCAACAGCUGCAGCGUGAGCUCGCUGAAGAGAAAAGCUGGGUGUUUGAGGUGGUCGACAAGGGGAAGGAGAUCCUUCAUAGCCUCACCUGUCCCGAACUGGAGAACUCCGUUGCACGCCUCGCAGACAACAUUCAUAAUGAAGUUACAGAUUAUGCUGCUAAUGAGACGCCGUAUUCAAAUAAUGACUAUUAUUGGUAA